GUCUGGUAAUAAUAAUCACAAUUCACAACUAAUUGAUGAUCCGCCUCCCCCACCUUGUCUCCCCCUCUACCAUUAAUUAUUACUAUUACUGCGCGCUUCUCUCUCCCCUCUUUAUUAAUUUCCUUCUCUUAAUGUUUCUAUAGUUGUUUCCUUCCCUUCAAUGGCUUUCAGCUCUACGACUAAAGAUCCCACUUUCAUGUUUGACCCUUUUUUGUUUAUAUGAUUACUCAUUUGUUUAUUCUUACUGAAUCUGUGAUCAUUUAUUGCCUCAGUCUCAGGCCACCCACUCUUAUAUUUUUAGUAGUGCCUUUCCUGGCAUUUAAUAUUUGUUGCUUCGUGAGAGCUUUUAGAUUAUUGUUUCAGAUUUUUCAUUUCAAGUCACCUACUUUGUGUUCUAGUUCAACCAAUUUUGUGUUGUUUCUUCAUAAUCAUUGCAUUUAAACUCGUGUGAAGAAUUCAUUGUUUGCUCGUCCGAUUGUCCUUUGCUGCCUAUCACUAGUGUUAGUGUUGUCGGUGGCGCAGCCAUCUCAAUUACGAUCGCAAUGCCGCCGGCGGACUUUCCCUCUCCUCCUACUUCUCUCUCCUCCAGUUUGCAGAGUGAGGAUCAUAUACUCAAUAUGUCGCCAAGACCACCCUCUCACCGUCUCAAUUCUGUUGCACAUUUGGGGAAAACAUCUCUUCACAAGACAUCUAAUACUAACACUAACAGUGGUGGCUCAGCCUCAGACACCACAAGCUUGAUUGCUUCUCCUCAUUCCGAUUGCAACACAACAUCUAAGCCUUCUGCCGAACUGGUGAAAGAGAUCGCUACACUUGAGGUUGAAAUAUUGCAUUUGGAGCGUCAUCUUCUUUCUCUCUACCGGACGGCAUUUCAGCAGCAUCUCCCGAGGAUUACAGAGGACCAUGUGGAGAAAAUGAAUGAAACACCUCGAGGAGGAGAUCAAUUAAAUCAGCCAUCUCAAAAAAUAAAACCGGAAAUGUCAAAAGAUCAUCAAUGUGAAAACUCCCCAACAAGUUCUUUAGCUGGACCACGUGAUUUAGUCCAAGUUGCAUUUCAAAAAUCAUCAUCUGGAAGGGAGAAGCAGAGGGCUUACUCUCGGCACCGUAGCCUUGCAGAUCAUCUUGGAAAUUCUCGCAUAGAUGAUGCCCUGACUUGUCCUGCUAGACUAUCUGAAGACAUUAUAAGAUGUAUAUCGUCAAUUUACUGCAAAUUGGCCAACCCCAUGGCUACUGAAAAAGGCUGUUCAGUUUCAUCUACUUCAUCAUUCUGCUCCUCCACCACAUUUUCUCCCAGAAAUUUAUCUGGAAGUUGGAGUCCCCAAUGCAAUGAAGAAGUUACACAAAGUUGCGAUUUUGAGGGCCUAAAGCAGGAGAAUGGGCCAUAUGCUGCUAUGGUAGAAGUACUCAAGUUAUGCCUAGAUGAUGAAAGUUAUAACUAUGCUGCUGUAAUGCUUGAGAGAUUCAGAUCUCUUGUAAAGAGUCUUGAGAUUGUUGAGCCAAUGAAGAUGAGACGCGAGGAGAAGCUGGCAUUUUGGAUCAAUAUUCACAAUGCCUUGGUGAUGCAUGCUUAUUUAGCAUAUGGAACUCAACAAUACUUAAAAAGUAGUUUCAUUGUGAAAGCUGCCUAUAACGUUGGUGGGCAUUGUGUCAAUGCUCAUGACAUACAAAGCUCUAUUUUAGGAAUCAAAUCGCACUAUUCUGCACCGUGGCUUCAGACACUUGUGUCUCCGGGGAAGAAAUUGAAGGGUGGGAAUAAGAGACAUGCUUUAGCCAUUGAAUACCCGGAACCACUCGUUCAUUUUGCAGUUUCAUCGGGGGCCUAUUCAGAUCCUGCAGUUCGAGUUUAUAGAGCAAACAGUAUAUUUGAGGAUCUGAAAGUAGCCAAGGAAGAGUUUAUACAAGCCACAGUUUAUGUUCACAAGGAAACAAAAAUAUAUCUGCCCAAAAUACUAUGCUACUACGGCAAAGAUAUGUCGCUCCCCAUGCCCGCGCUCUUGGAAGUGGUCAGCGGAUGCCUGCCGGGAAUUCAGCAGAAAUCGAUGAGAGCGUGCGUCAAGGGCAGGCCUGAAAAGUAUGUAUAUUGGUUGGAACAGACCUCAUCAUUUCGUUAUCUGAUCCACAAGGAAAUAUAAUGGAAUGGAUGAUCAUAACAUAACUCUAGUGUUUUCAUGUAACUAUAUAUAAAUAUCUCAAGUGUGAUUAUUGAAGAGAGCAGUAGUAAUUGGUGUGGUGAUAGAUAGACAUAGGUAGCUAGUCGCCGAAGGAUGUAUCCAGCGAGGGAUCCCAAUCCAAGGAGGACGAGCGCAGGGCGGAAAGACGGACGAAGACGUCAGACAUGGUGGGCCGCGCAUCGAGAUUGUGAGCGACGCAGCUGGUAGCAAGCUGGGCCAUGGAGUAGGCAAGGUCCAAGGGGUAGUCGAGAUUGGGAUCCAUGAAUCCCUGCAGCUUCUCUCUUACACUCAAAUCAUCAUCACCAUGCCACUUAUGGUCCUUCCCAGUCCCGGAUAAGAGCUCCAGCAUGACCACCCCAAAGGCGAAGACGUCGAGUUUGGGAGUGAGGAGGCCCGUCUCUAUGUAUUCGGGGGCCAUGUAUCCUUGUUCGCCCACCACAUGCCUCGUGGUGGUGAUGUUGUCGGAAUCCAAGGCCCGGGCCAGCCCGAAAUUGGCGAGCUUGGGCCGCAUGCUGGCGUCGAGGAGGAUGUUGGCGGUGGUGAGAUUCUUGUGGAUGUAGGGAGGAUUGGUGAAGUGGUGGAGGUAAUUCAAGGCGUCAGCUACGUCGUAGGCUACUUGGACGCGCUGUUUCCAAUCAAGGCGCCACACCCAUUCCUUUAGAGACCCAUUCUGGGCGUACUCAUAUACCAGAUAGGUGGUGCCCUCGUGCACGCAGUAACCAGACAGCCUGAUGAUGCGCGAAUGGUUUAUCUGCCUCAGCGUAUUGAUCUCGCCGGAAACAUCCCCUUUCAUCACCUUCACCACCGCUUCAUCGCCGUUGAACCACCCGUGGUACACCGACGAUCCUGCAAUUCUCUUGGAUUCUGCAAAUGAAUCCGUCGCCUUGUUCAACUCUUCCAACUUGUAUAGGCUCAGACUUUCCAUGGUGGCGCUCCGGAUGCCUUGGGAUAACUCCGACAGCGGCGGCGGCGGCGGCGACUCCUCUCCCUUGGCAGGCGGAGGAUGAGGAUGAGGUUUGCGCCGACGGAAUAACCAAACUAGAGCGAUUGAGGACAAGAUCACCAAAACCGCAGCUCCGAUUCCCACACCGAUGAAAACCCACUUGUGGGAAGCGGAGGGGGUGGUGGGAUUGGGAAGGACGGAGGGAGGCGGAGGCGGGGGCGGAGAGGGUGCGGUGUUGAUGUUUUCCUUGGUGGGCUGAAUUUUGAGGGGGACGAGGAGUGGAGUGAAGAAAAAGACGAUGGAGGUAUUGAGCAUAUUAGCGUGGAGGAUGGCUUGGACGUCGGCUCCGGCGGCGGCGAACUGGGCAGCGAUGAAGUUGACGUCGUUUCCCUGACGGAGGAGGUAGGUGAGCAGGUAAUUGAAGCCGGCGGCGGUCUGGGAGGGAGUGGGGCAGGCGCAGCGGAGGGGAACGAGGAGCCUCAUGUUGGGGAGCAGUUGGCGGAGAUUGUAAGGAUUCUGAGCGAUGAGGGACUGGCAGGUGGAGAGGGACUGGUAGGUGUCGUUGGCGACGGUGAAGUAGGUCUCGCCGGGGGUCUUGAGGGUGUAGGAGGCGUUGUGCUGGUAGUAAUAGGCAUUGCCGGAGCAGGAGCAGUUGACGGGGACCAGCACCAGAGUGUCGGUGGGGAGCGGGGCGACGUCGGAGAUGUUGUUGGCGGUGGCGAUCUGGGAGGCGUCGGCGGCGAGGAGGUAGGCGAUGGUGGCGGGGCUGUUGUAGGUGGGGGUGGAUCGGAAGGUGAGGUAGGAGGUGCAAGAGGGGGCAGCGUUGCACACGAAUCCCAGAGUGUUGUUGGGGCUUUCAUUACAUUUGAGCUGCUUGUUGUUUACGUAGCUCUGUUGGGCCUCAAAUUGCACCGGAAAUGCUACCAGCAGCAGCAGCAGCACCAGAGCAAGAAACGCCAUUGGAUUCAAUACUAUCUUGAUUAGGAU